UAUUUGAGCAAAAACGUCGCUCACACUUCUUCUCACCCAUUCUUCCCUCAAUAGGCUCCCACCACCCCUUUAACCAUUUCCUUAAACCCCUAGCGAGUUAACGACCUUGGAGAGAUGAGUUCUGACGAUGAGAGAGACGAGAAGGAGCUGGAUCUCACCUCUUCUGAAGUCGUCACCAAGUACAAGAGCGCCGCUGAGAUCGUUAACAAGGCGUUGCAGUUUGUUUUGUCUGAAUGCAAACCAAAAGCUAAGAUUGUCGAUAUCUGCGAGAAAGGAGACACCUUCAUCAAAGAGCAAACAGGGAGCAUGUACAAGAACGCCAAGAAGAAGAUUGACCGAGGUGUGGCUUUCCCUACGUGCGUUUCUGUGAACAACACCGUCGGUCAUUUCUCACCGCUUGCAAGUGACGAGACUGUGUUGGAAGAGGGCGAUAUGCUCAAAAUUGAUAUGGGAUGCCAUAUUGAUGGGUUCAUUGCUCUUGUUGCACACACACAUGUUCUUCAAGAAGGGCCGGUUACUGGACGCAAAGCUGAUGUUAUUGCUGCUGCCAAUACUGCUGCUGAAGUUGCUUUGAGGCUCGUUCGUCCUGGGAAGAAGAACCAUGCUGUCACUGAAGCUAUUCAGAAGGUGGCUGAAGCUUAUGACUGCAAAAUUGUGGAAGGGGUUAUUUCCCACCAGAUGAAACAGAAUGUGAUAGAUGGAAGCAAGUGUUUCCUAAGUGUAUCCACUCCAGAGACAAGGGUUGAUGAUGCUGAGUUUGAAGAGAAUGAAGUCUAUUCCGUAGAUAUUGUGGCAAGCACUGGUGAUGGCAAGCCGAAGCUUUUAGACGAGAAGCAAACAACUGUAUACAAGAAGGAUGCGGAUGUUAAAUAUCAGUUGAAGAUGAAGGCCUCCAGAUUCAUAUUCAGCGAGAUCAAAGAAAACUUUCCCCACAUGCCAUUCACUGCAAGGUCACUGGAGGAGAAAAGGGCACGUCUUGGACUUGUGGAGUGUGUGAACCAUGGCCAUUUGCUACCGUAUCCUGUACUUUACGAGAAGCCUGGGGAUUUUGUUGCUCAAAUCAAGUUCACAGUUUUGCUGAUGCCAAAUGGUUCGGAUAGGAUCACUUCACAUACACUUCAGGAGCUUCAACCUACGAAGACCAUUGAUGACAACCCUGAUAUCAAAGGGUGGUUAGCCUUGGCUAUCAAGAAGAAGAAGGGUGGUGGAAAGAAGAAGAAAGCCAAGAAGGCUGGAGAGAAAGUAGGGGAGACCUCAACGGAGGCUGAGCCAAUGGAAACAACUCAAGAAUGAGAUAUUUCUGUCGCUUUUGUUUUCUUUUUAAGAAUUUUUUGGAACUUUGAGGUACUUCUUUAUUUGUAUGUUUGGGGUUUCAGAGAGUCUCUGCUUAGAAGUAAAAGAAAAGAACAAAAAGUUACUUAUCAA